AUGGAUUUUUACUCCAAUCUCCCGGUGAAUUUACAACAACCGACUUUAUUCGAAAUACUCUCUGUCAAUGAAGUGAAGAAGUUAAUCAAACCAACUUUAAGGUAUAUUUUCUCCAUUUAUCUCCAAUAUAGAGGACCAACACGAUGGCUGUUGAAGAUUUUUAAUAAAUUUGACUUCAUAAUCUUGGUGAUUAAAUCUUUGGUUGAAUACAGACAUUAUAAAACAACAGGUGCCACAAUUCUUGACAAGUUCUAUGGAUUGAAAAGGUUUUCUAGAUUCCCUAAAUUAACCUUUCUAGGAAUUUGGUUGAAUGACUGUUUAUUCGAAUACGUUAGUGAUAUCUGUGAACAAUACCAUGAGCUCUUGCAGUCCAGAAAAUUGACGAGCCCAGAAUUGAGCUCAUGGCAACAAUGGUUUGAUGCCUAUUAUCCUAAGCUACAGAAGACUAUCAAAGUGAUAAAUUUCUGUUUCAAAUUAAAGUACUUGCGUCAUUCAAAAGACACUGAUAUGAUCCAUUUCAUAACACAAAUAAGAUACCAACGAUACCAAGAACCCGAAGAAGGAAUUGCAAGUAGGAAAAAUACUUUAACUCUUUCUGAACGUCGUCGUAAAAGAACUAAUUUACCCAGAAUAUUAGCUAUGACCAAGGAUGCAGUGGAGAGCACAUCGACCAUGUUCUUGGACAAGUUAUUCCCGAGCUUCCUAGUGAUGAUCAGAAUUUUACAAAUUAUCAAUCAGCGGCCUGAAUUAUUCAAGAAAGAGAUACGAGUAAAGAGACCAAAACCUCCAGUACUACCUGGCGUAGCAUCAGAGGUGGAUAACAAUGAUACGACUGACGUAUGUCCCCUAUGCGGCGAAGAAAUAACAGAACCUGCCAUGAUUUCAUCUGGAUAUGUCGCUAAUUUAGAGUGUGCCAAGAAAUGGGUAAGCACAGAAAAUACAUGUUUCGCGACUGGUGUGCCCAUAGAUAAACGCAUCCGUAAGUUAUUAAUAUAG